UCUUCGUGUUGGAGUCUCAGAAUGGCUCUCACGGCCUGGAACUGGAGGCGGCUCGGCUUUCCUGCAAGAGUAGGGGUGCUCACCUGGUGUCUGCAGACGAGCUGCGGAGGGUAGUUCAGGAUUGUGCCUUUGCAGUGUGUACCACGGGCUGGCUGGCAGACGGCACCCUCGGGACAACCACGUGUAGCAAAGGGAGUGGUGAACAGCAAAGCGUGAGAGCUGUCGAUGUGAGAAUUGAGAGCAACCCAGUUCCUGGGGGCAUGUAUAGUGCCUUUUGUAUGAAGGACGAAGAGAAACCGUGUGGAGACCCACCUUCGUUCCCACACACCAUCCUGCAGGGCCGCACCGGCUUGGAGAUGGGCGAUGAGCUGCUGUAUGUAUGUGCCCCAGGCCACAUCACGGGGCAUCGUGACACCGCCUUCACCUUGCUAUGUAACAGCUGUGGGGAGUGGUAUGGCCUGGUGCAGGCCUGCGGGAAAGAUGAGGCUGAGGCACAUAUUGACUAUGAAGAUAAUUUCCCUGAUGACAGAUCUGUGUCAUUCAGAGAGCUCAUGGAGGAUUCCUGGGCAGAGGCAGAAGAAGACACAGGUGAGGAAGAAGCCUCUGAGAAGGCUCCCAAACAGGACCAUCUGGUCUCCAUUUCUGUGGGGAGAGAAAACCUAGCCCAGGAUAAAGCAUUUGUACCCACCGCAGGCUUGCCUGGUGUCAGGAGCAGUGUCCCCACCGCCUUGCCAGGAUCCCGACUAGACCGCAAGUACUUGUUCUGGCUUCCUGCUGAGACUUUCCACAAGCCUAAGUUGGAAAAGGAGGUGGAUGAUGACACCAAGAAGCAGUUUGCUGCUCGAGACAACCACAGUGAAGUAAAAUUGAUCCCAGGUGAACCCGAAACCAAGGCGAUCUAUAGCAACACUGAUGACCCCUUAGGGCCAUUCGUGGGCAGGAAUGCCAGCAAGACGGGGGAUCCAGUGGUGAGCAGCAGCAGUGAUGAGUCCUGGUUAGAUGGCUACCCUGUGACAGACGGAGCUUGGAGGAAGACAGAGGCAGAAGAGGAAGAGGAUGGAGACAAAGGGGGUGGGUCAGUAGGACUGGAUGAAAGCGUCCUAGUUACUCCUGAUCAGCCCAUUCUGGUGGAAGUUAAGAAGUCUAGGAGUACCGCUCUCAUGCCAAUUGAGGACACAACCCAUAAUGCAGUUCUUCCAUCGCAAAUACUAGAUGUUGAGGCUUUGGCUCUCAGACCCAUGAAUGUGUCUGAGACUGAGGGCCCCCACCACGGGGAUGGUGACUUGACCAAGCACCAGUCCACCGAACCUUGGAGAUUCACCCCAGAGAAGUCUUCCAUGGCCACCCUACCCGAUGAACUCACCAACUCUACCCUGGAGACGUUAACAACAACUGCUGUCCAGCAGAUGACGGACAACAUCCCCUCAACGAUGAUGGUGGCCACCCAGCCUCUAGUGGAAACCUCAGCUCCUGAGGUCCAGGACAGCUUCCCCUACCUGUUAUCGGAGGACUUUUUGGGGCAGGAAGGCCCCGGGCCAGGUGCAAGCGAAGAGCUUCUCCCAACCUUGGAGCCCUGUGUCGGGGACAACUGUCCCGGCCUCAGCAGAGGCCCCGUGAUCGCCACCAUUGUCACCAUCCUGUGCCUGCUGGUGCUCCUGGCGGGUGUGGGGGCAGUGUGGGGAUACCACAGAUGCCAGCACAAGAGCUCCGUGUACAAGCUGAAUGUUGGCCAGCGGCAGGCUCGGCACUACCACCAGCAGAUCGAGAUGGAGAAAGUCUAAGCACCUUAGGACUGGGCUCUCCCAAAGCCACUUGGGAGG